AUGCCUGGCCCAGCCGGGGGUCGCUGCGCGCUGCCCGGGCCGCGGGUUCUCGCAUGGGCGGCGCGCCGCGGGCUCCGGCGCGGCGGGCAGCGGACAGCCCCGCGCGGCCGCGAGCACAGGCAGGCGGGCGCGCGGCGGACAGGCGGCGGUGGCGCCGCGGAGGCGGGCGGGGCGGGGGCCGCGGCGGCGGAGCGGGAGCGGGGGCGGCUGCGCCGGCGGCGGACGGGCGGGCGCGCCUCUGCGCUUGCGCGGGACGUCCCGUUCCCCCCUCCUCCCCUCCCGCGGGCGCGUGCGUGCUGCGUGCGUGCGUGCGCGCCGCCUGCGCGCCGCCGGCUCCGCCGCGCUCACGCGCGCGUGGCCUCCGUCCCUCCUGCACCGCGUCAGCCGGAGGGCGGCCGUGCAAGCCCAAACAUAGGCUGUUACUCGGCACUCAGUCCUGCCCUGCGGCCGUGCCGGGAGAAUGCAAGGCAGCUCAGGACGCCCAUCCUGCCUUUCACCCCUGAAGGUAUUUUUCGUUCACCCUUUCCUGCCAAAUAUGCGUGUCACUCCAUCGACCGCACACGGAAUUUUGCUCCACGAAGCCCUACGCGCUGCCGCAGAGGCAUCUCCCACCGCAGGGCGGACUCACAGCUGGGGUCAGGGAGCCUCGGCCGGGCGCUGCCUCUGCAGCAGCGCUGUCCCCGCUUCCCGGGUGAUACAGCAGAGGCCCCCAUCAGCCGCCAGAGACCGCCGCGCCCACGUGUGCAACAGAGCCGGCAGCGGGGCGGGUCCGGCUGGCGCCGCGGGAAAAAGCGCGGCCGCCACGCCCCAGUUCGGCGCUUCCCAUGGCUGCCCGCCCGUUUGCGGCUGGACUUCCUCUCAGGUCGGUGUCUGCCGCUUGGCGCGCCGCUGGCGGCGAAGGGGUUCACUCCCGGCAAGCCCUGCGUGGGGUGGGGCGACACGGCAUGGUGGCCGCCGGGAGCUGUAGUGUGAGGUGGGCUGCGGUCACGUGCCGCGCCCGGCAGUGGCUGCGCUGCGAGCGGAGGCACCAAGAUGGCGGCGCUGCGGGGCGGAGCGGUGUCCGCCGCGGUUAAGGCUGGGGUUGGCGGCGCCGCGGCUGGGGCCGCUCCGCGAGGGCUGGUGGGCGGCGGAGCUCCGCGAGAGUCGACCCUCCGCACCGGCAGUCCCCUGCAGUGCUUUUCCCUCAAGGAGGAUGACCUGAACUUAACAUCGCUGGAGGCUGAAGAGAUCCUGGGAACGAUGCAGAACUAUCUGGACUCCUCUGUGAUCUCCAUCAUUGAGGACUUUUCUCUGAGUGAGAGCAAGGCCUGUCUGGAUGCACAGAACGAACUGUCUCUGCUGAAUGCCAUCGCUGAGAUCCUGGACAGCACACACGAUGAGGCUUUGUCUCCCUUUGACACCAUCAUGGAUGCAGAGCUGCUGACUUUGCCUCGGGAGAGGGACAAUCCCUCAUUUGAGACGUUUCUUAGCCUAUCCCAUCCAUCCCUAGAAUGUGAGAGCACUGCCCUGGAGCAGCCCAAGGCUCUCAGGCCUCUCAGCAGCAGCAGCAUCUCUGUGCUUGGGAAGCCCAACACAGACCUGGCUUGGGACCAUGCUGCUCACAGCCUUGAGGACCCAAUGCUGAUGAAGAAGCAAGUCUGCAGCACCCCGAGGGCAGAGAGGAAGGUGGGCUGGCACCGGGCCCGAGAGCAGCCCCUGCCGCAGCGCAGUGAUGGGGAGGAAGAAGAGGAGGAGGCUGCCUUCAGCCGAGAGCUGGGCAGCAGCAUGGAGGCUGGAGAGUUUUGUGUGAGAGAGGCUGGGGCGGCACUGGAGGAGCGUGAAGACCCCUGCAUCAUCAAUACUGGUGAUGUGUCCUUGAGCGAGCUGGUGAAGUCCAUGCACCCAUACUGCCUGCCCACCUUCACUGUGUGCCUGGAUCCUGAUGCUGAGCCUGUGGCCAAAGAGCUCCUGAGUGGCCCUGUCAUGCUCAAAAUCGUGCUCAGUGAAGGGGAGAGCAUGGAGAUCCCCAUGGUCGUGCAGUCCUUGUCUCCCAGCUUCCCCAACCUGGAGUCCCAGCUCCUAGGAGCAGAGAAGAGUACUGGGCAGUCAAUCCCAGAGGACCAAGAAGAGCUGCCAGGAGUUCCAGCCCAGAAAAAUGGAGUGGAGAAGGAGAAACUGCCCGAGAAGGAGCCCUCCUGCACUACACCGGAGAACACGUCCCCACUGGAGACAACAGCACCCAUAGCCUGCAUCCCUGACAGCAGCUCUGGGCACAGCAAGGAGGCCCUGGUGAGCGGUAAACGUGAAGGCUCAGAGAAGGGACGUGGGCGUGAGAGAGCAAGGAAGAGUCGGAAAAAGAAAGUGAAGGAGGACCAAAGCAAGCAGGCCAGGCCAGGCAGGGACUAUGUGGCCCACCAGCUCCGCUCGCCUGGCUCUGGACAGCCCCCAGGCCAACCACCUGCUAGCCGGCGUCGGGCAGCAUGUCCCUCUGUCCAGGUCUCAGACUUCCUGGCACAGCAGCUGGAGCGAGCCCGGAAGGAGGGGCAGAUGGAGCUGCGUGGGGAGCGGCCACCGCGGCCUCGAGGCAGGCCCCGGAGCAUGGCAGAGGCCUCCCCGCGUGAGAAAGUGCAGCAGGAACCGCAGGAGGAACCAACAAGAGAAACGGUGGCUGUGACCGUGGAGAAGGCUGAGGCUGUGGUGCCUCUGGAGAAGACUGUAGCAGCUGUGGUGGAGCUACCAGCAGCUGGGUGUCUGGGCCCUGCAGAUCAGGCUGAGGGCGGGAGAGAUGCACAGCCAGCUGCUGGACAGAGCAGUGGGGUCUCGGAGGCUGCCUCUCUGCUUCCAGAGCGAGGCAUGCGGCUGGAGCCCUCCCAGAGCCUACCAGCAGCAGAGCCAAGCAAGGGCCUGCCCAAGGAAGCCAAGCCCAAGGCCUUGAGCCUGCGGGAAUACCGCAUCCGUAUGCUGCACCGCCAGCCCAGCCCGGGCAGCAGGAAGGACUCUGAGAAGCAAGUGGCCAGCAAGUGGCCCAGCAUCCCUGAGCCUCCAACAGAGCUGGCAGAGAUUCCAUGCCUGGUGUCACCUGUGCAUCCCAUCACUGAGGCAACCAGUGCUCAGAAGAGCCCGGAGAAACCCACCAGCCCUGCUGAUGUCCCUUCUCCUACUGGCAAAGCUCCCACCCCUCUGGCUUCAGCUCCUGCACCUGCCACUGCCUUAGCACCUGCUACAGCUCCACCACCCCCAUCGACGCCAAUGCCUUUUGUUGCACCAAAUGUGCCCCCAGCUGCUGGGGCAGCCCCCACUGGGGUGCCACUUGCCUCUGCCGGUGCUUAUGCCCUUUACCCAGCAGUGCCUUCCUGGCCCUGCUUCAGCCCACAGCCCGUGGACUGCCGUGGUUUGCCCCUGCCACCCAGUGCUGGCUCCUCCAGUGCUUUUCACAUGGUGCCUGGCCUCCCACCUCCAGCCAUGGCCUGGCCCCCACCAGCCAUGCUGCCCCCACCUCCGUUUGGCCCCAGUGGACCCUAUGCCACCGUAGGGUGGGCACCACCAUCCUACUGGCCAGUAAUCCCCAUGCCACCUCCACCUCCUCUGCCAUAUGGAGACCCUGGAGCAGCACUGCAGGGCACUGCUCCCUUCCCAGCUGGUGGCCACCCUGGCAUGGCUCUCCUGCCCUCACAGCCUCCCACAGCCCGUGUGCUCAACUGCCCAGAGCCACUGGCCUUCCCAGCUCAGCCACCCACCACUCUGAGCAGCAAGAUGGGGGCUGCAGGUGGCCCAGCCAGGCCGAUGACCAGCAGGGUGUCAGACCCCAGGAGGCAGGCACGGCUGGCAGGAGAGAGCUUUCUUUCAAAGGGCCUGAAGGUCUCAGCCCCUGCCCAGCUCACAGCAGUCCCAUCAGUUCCUGCUGCCCAGCCCACCACAGUCUCUCCUGCAGUGCCAGCCCAGCCCAUGGCAGCCUCUCAGAUUGCCCUCACCCAGCCUCCAGAGGACUCCCAGGCUGCAACCUCCACCAAACUCCUGAAGGUCCCUUCAGCUGCCAUCCAUUGCCCUGCUGAGGUGUCUCCUGCCACUGGCCUUGUUGAGGAGUCCCUUGACACCUGCCCCAGAAAGGAGGUUGCAGGGCCAGACAAGAAAGCAGUGGAGAAAGCCCUGCAGGAACCCAAGGCAGCUGCUGUGCUGGAGCUCCCCAGCAAAAAAUCCACCACCCAGGCUGUAGCACCACCACCAAAAGGGGGUCGAGAGAGCAGCCUGCCCACCAAGAUGCCUGCUGCACGGUCAUGGAGGCACCAGCCAUUCCUCAGCCCAGCACAGCCCUGCGACAGCAGCAAGGACAUUGUGCAAGCCUUCAUCAGUGAGAUUGGGAUUGAAGCUACGGACCUGUCCAGCCUGCUGGAGCAGUUCGAGAAGUCUGAGGCCAAGAAAGAGGAGACUCCCAUUCAGCCCCCUGAGGACAGGCGGCCAGCAGGGAACUCUGGGCCUGAAACCCAGCAGGACAGGAAGCCCAUGGACAGCCUGCAGGCUGCUGAGCUGGUCAAUGUGGCAGGCCUCACCCCUCCAGCAACGCCCCCCCACCAGCUCUGGAAGCCGUUGCCUGCUGUCUCACUGCUGGCCAAAGCUAAGGUGCCUGGGUCUGCGCUCCAGGAAGGGCCCCAGAAAACGGCCAAGCUGGUGAAAGCCAAGCCGCCACCCCCAGGCAAACUUCAGGGGAAGAGCCUGGUGCCAGCCCCUGCCAGCUCAGCCCCCAGCCACGUCUGCUCGGGAGACCACGACUACUGCCUCCCGGGUACAGCGCAGCCGGAGGGCAGUGGUGCCGCUGGCACGCGGCCCCCUGCUGAGGGUGGCUCCCACUGGAAUGUCAAACACCACAGGGACAUCAUUAUCAAACCCAUCUUCUCCUUACCCAAACGGACGCUGGACGAGCCCAAGCCCACCCUGCCAGCCCCCACCACCACCGUGGGGCCCAGCCAGGAGUCCUUGGGGACAUCUUGUUUAGCUCCCCUGGAUUAUCGGACUAGCAUCCCUAACAAGGCCACCACUGAGUGCAGCAGUCCCCCCACCUCGGUGCUCCUGUCUCCAUCUGCUUCCCCUUGCCGGGACCAGAAGAUGCAGACUCCCAGUGCCCAGCCCUGUCAAGCUGCUGCCAAGAGGUCUCUGCGUUGCUAUCGGAGACCCCAGGACUCGCCCAGCCCCUCUGCUGGCAGCUGGAGGGCUGGCCGGAGCCGUGCCAGCCGCUCUUUCAGCUCCAGUUCGGAUGGAGCUAGCGAGUCCUCAUCUUCAUCCUCGUCCUCCCGAUCUCGGUCACGAUCCUUCUCCCCACCACCCAAGCGGUGGCGAAGGUACCGCUCAAGAUGUUCCCAUAGCAACUCCUCCCGCUCCAGCUGUGGGUCAUGUGGCAGGUCCCGGGACAGGUCCUCAUCCUCAUCAUCAGCAUCCUCCUACUCGUCCAGGUCCACAUCUCGUAGCCAGUCCCACUCUCACUCUCCCUCACCAUGCAGGAGGAGUAACAGGCAGAGAAGAUACAGUUAUGAUGCACGGGACCACUACCAAAGGCAGAGGAUCCUCCAGAAGGAACGUGCAAUAGAAGAGCGGAGAGUGGUGUUUAUUGGCAAGAUCCCAAGCAGGAUGACACGGUCGGAGCUCCGGCACCGCUUCUCUGUGUUUGGAGACAUUGAGGAGUGCACCUUGCAUUUCCGCUCCGAAGGGGACAACUACGGCUUUGUCACCUACCGCUAUGCUGAGGAAGCCUUUGCUGCUAUCGAGAGUGGGCACAAGCUGCGGCGCCCGGACGAGCAGCCUUUCGAUCUGUGCUUCGGCGGGCGCCGGCAGUUCUGCAGAAGAAACUAUGCUGACCUGGACUCAAACCGGGAGGAUUUCGACCCGGCCCCCAUCAAGAGCAAGUUUGACUCCCUGGACUUCGACACACUGCUGCGGCAGGCACAGCGCAGCCUGCGGAGGUAG